AUGAGUAAAAAUAACCACACAGUUACUGAAUUCUUACUACUGGGAUUCCCACAAAUUAAUGGCAUUAAUGCGGUGAUUGUAUUUCUAAUGAUACUGAUUGUUUACAUUAUGACGCUCAUUUUAAAUUCUAUGAUCAUCGUAUUGGUGUCAACCAGACCCCAAUUAUAUUCUCCCAUGUACUUCUUCCUCCAGCAAUUAUCAUUAAAUGAAAUUGUGUUCCUGACUGUUAUCAUCCCUAAUAUGCUACGUGUCAUAUGGUUGGAAGGAGCCACCAUCUCUGUCAUGGGUUGUAUAGCACAGUCUUAUCUUUAUGUUGCAAUUGGAUGUUCAGAAUGUCACCUCCUCGCAGUCAUGUCUUAUGACCGAUACCUGGCCAUAUGCAACCCUCUACGUUAUAGCACCAUCAUGACCAUCAACCUACAACAUUCCCUGGUCAUCUAUUGUUGGGUGUUUGGAUUUCUGCUCACCCAGAUUACACUUAAUUUUCUGUGUCAACUUCAAUUCUGUGGACCCAACAUCAUUGACCAUUUUUUCUGUGAUCUUGGUCCUUUUGUUGGACUUACAUGUUCUUACACUCAUGCCCUACAGUUAGAGAUUUUGAUUGUUGCCAUCCCUGUAAUGGUCAUCCCAUUUAUAUUUGUUGUCUUUAGUUAUAUUUGUGUAUUUACAACUAUUCUUGGGAUCACUUCUACAACAGGUAGAAAGAAAGCCUUCUCUACGUGCAGCUCCCACCUCAUCGUUGUAACCAUGUACUAUGGAACCUUGAUCACUAUUUACUUGGUUCCAGCUUCUGGAGACUCUCUGACUAUAAACAAGGUGAUUGCUCUUUUGUACAUUGUUGUAACACCACUGUUUAACCCAAUCAUAUACAGUUUGAGAAAUCAAGAGAUGAGAGUUAUCAUGGGGAAAUUACUCAGCAUUAAGUGA